AUGUCGGACAUUGACAGUCUGUCUGAUACAUGCGAAGAGCAACAGCUCAGCGAAACAUCGUCCCAGUUUUCUCUUGACGUUGAGGACCCUGGCCAAGGAAACGCACUCGCUGCUGCUGUUGGCGGAGUUGAUUACAUUGGUCCAUACAUGGAUGAACCUCUAGCAGACGACGAGUGGAUCAAAAAUUAUAAUCGGGAGCGAAGAGAGGAAGAGCAACAAAUUGAAAAGCUCAACAGACGCCUAAAUGGAACAGAACCACUGGCCACAUGGUGCAAAUGUGGCAACUGUAGGGUUGAGCAUUUGGAAAACCCAAAAGAGUGUCAAUGCUGUAGAGAGGUUGAAAACUGCAAAAUUGCUCUUCAUGACCCUAGGGUUGUUCAGCAACUUGGAGUAACACCACAAUGUUUUAUAGAACACCCUGGUUUUAGUCCAGUUUUCUUGAAUGAAUGGACACUUCAAAUAAUGGCUGAUCAAUUUAAAACUUCAAAGCGCACACGUUACAAAAACCUUGGUUCUGAGAAGAGAUUUAUGCGAUCUGUUGCCUACAGGUCAGCCUCCAGACUUAUACAUGGGAAGCUUGGUAAAACUCGUUUGCCUUUACCUGCCUGUGUUUAUAACAUCAUUCGGGAAACAUUUCAAAUACCUAGCGAGACAUUAACAGGUUUUGCUGAACAAGACGAAAAUGCGGCUCAAUGA